GUGACUAGUGGCGAGACUGUCGAGUACAGAAUCGAGGUGUUGUGAAGAACAUUCGAUCGUCAGUUGAUUUUUUCGCGGCCGGUGGCUCAGGCGGUUCGCAACUCGCGAUUAACGAACAUCAGUGUGUUGGUAGAGUCGACGCGAUCACUACGCGUCGAAGUCCUAUAUCGUAGUACCUUACCGGUGCAGUGCGCGAACUUAACGACGACAAAACACGUCGGGUUAAAGACAAUAUUGUUUGUGCCUUAGGAAGUUUACUGUGACAUUGUUGACGAAGAUUGGAAGGUAUCUUUCUAAGGAACCAAACCAGUAGUUCGAAGACAUCAAGUGACAAUGGGGUAAGCCGUGCGAAGCGGCGGGUUAUUGGACUGAUUAAUUGGGACAUAAGUGUUAGUGUAUAGAAAUUCUCUAGGAGUGUUAGAAAGAAAUUGCCAAGAUGUAUUCUAUGAACUAUAUCGGGAAGUUCAUAGCGAACUUUAGGGAGUUUUACAAUGAGAUUAACGGGGCGACGCUGACCGGGGCCAUAGACGUAGUGGUGGUGGAGCAGCCUGAUGGCAGCUUCACAUGCUCGCCCUUCCACGUGCGCUUCGGCAAGCUGGGGGUGCUGCGCUCUAGGUUCAAAGUGGUGGACUUGGAACUGAACGGCGAGUCGCUGCCCAUACAUAUGAAGUUAGGGGAGUCCGGGGAAGCGUUUUUCGUGGAGGAAGUGGGUGAGGACGAGGCCGGCUGGUCCGCGCACCUCGCCACCUCGCCCAUCCCGGCCGCGCGCUUCGACCAGCUGUACGAGCCGCGCCGCCGCAACUCGCUCUCCGCCGUCGAGCCCGACCAUGGACAGGCUUCCGAUUACACCAAGCGCAGGUACACCGCCGACGGCCAGUCCAUGCAGAAACCAGACAUUAGUAAAUUAAAGCAGGCGAAAAAAGAUGCCAAACCGACCAGCGAUCACGAUAACGAUGCGUUGUUCGAGAUGGACGGAUUGGAUGGCCUCGACGAGACGCCGACGAACUGGGGCGAUUCGCGGACGCCUAAAACGUUCUCGGCGACGCAGCUGGAGGCCGGGAGCGAGGCCAAGCAGACUGUGCAAAUGAUCAGCGCGCACAACGACUUCCGCCCCAUCGAGGCCGCCCCUAUCCUCGACGACUCUAAAGUCAACGGCAACGGAAAGAAAAAGAAGAAAACUAGGAAAGUCAGUUCAAAGAAGAAGCACCAACGGAAGUCGUCGACGAGCUCUAUCUCCAGCCAGUCGGACCGCGCGGGUUCCGAGCAACGUCCCUCACAGCCUACAGCCAUUCCCAAUGCUACAGACAUCAACUUCUUUAGCGACAACGAAAUAACUUCUGCGACACUUAGCGAAGAGAUGUCGAACCUGAAGCUGACCGGGGACAACCGCAUCCCGAUGGCGCUGUCCGACACCGCGUUCGAGGUGCACGCCGCCUCCAGACACGCGGGAUCCCGCGGUGGCACGCCCGUGCAAUCGGACACAGAAGUCGAGCUGGCCCGGACCGCGAAGGGCGACAAGUCCUCGCAGUCAUGGCGAUGGGGCGAGCUGCCCGAGCCGCCGGUCCGCACGGAAUGCGCCAGUUCGCCCACGGAGCUGGGCUCCUCUGCUACCCCGGGGUCUCCCGCCUCGCCUGGGACCCCGGGUACUCCCGGCUCGCCUAUCGAACCUCUCAGCUCCGAUGAAGAACGCGCGGGACGUUCGGGGGUGUUCAGCGGCAUGUUCCGCUUCAUGUCAACGCGCGAGGCCACCGAGGCCGCGGAGGGCGUGUACCUGGACGACCUGGACCGGGGGCAGGUCGACCCGGACCUUUACUUCCCUAAACACCACGUGGGACGGCAUCGGAGUGGUAUGGCGAACGUAUCUCACGAGAACACGGGGCCUACAGAAGAGGAGUACGAAUCAGGCAACGGGCCCUCCCUGCCCCAGUCCCCGGCCUCGCUAGAACCCCCACAACUCGACUCGGACGACGAUGAGAAACUACUCGCCAAGGGUCAAGUCGGCGUCUACGUGCGUGAAGACCAAGUGUCCCGCGCGCUGCCCUUCGAAGAGUUCUGCGCGACCGGCGGCACGCUGGCGGCUCAGGGGCGGCUGGUGGUGCGGCUCGGCGACCGCUGGCUGCCGUGGCGCAGCGCCGGCCCGCUGCUGCUGUCGCUGCUGGCGUACCGGAGACCGCUGCCGAGCAGGGUGCUGGAGUCUCUAGAGAAGAGCAUAGAGAAAGAGGGGUCAGAGCCGCCGGCGGACGCCAAGCCGCGCGGCUACUCGUGGUGGAGCUGGCGCCGCUCCGCCGGGGCUGAGGCCAAACGCACGGAGCCAACUAAAGAUGAAUUCAAGAGUUCCAGUUUCCCCGAAACAGAAUACAUUAGCAUGGAUUUGAAAAUGGAAACCACCGAAGGAAUAGUCGCCGAGGAGGUUCUGCCCGAAAACUUAGAAACAAUUGAAGUCAGGGAGGUCAAAGAACCUGCCGAUCUCAUAGACCCUACUCAAGAACAACUAAGCGACGAGGGCCCAACAAUGCUACCCGAAACCAAAUCUCACGAUCAAGCGGAUCACCCCGAACACCCUGAACUCCCGGAACACGCGGAGCCGAGCUCUUCGGAUUCGGAGCAGGAGCAGCCGCAGCGGCCGUCGCGCCGGCACUCCACCUUUAGGAAAACGCUUAGGCUUUCUUCGGACCAAAUCAAAAAGCUUAACCUCCGCGAGGGCAUGAAUGAGAUGGUGUUCAGCGUGACGACCGCCUACCAGGGCACCACGCGCUGCAAGUGCAACGUGUUCCGCUGGCGGUACGACGACAAGAUCGUCAUCUCCGACAUCGACGGUACCAUCACCAAGUCUGACGUGUUGGGACAUAUCUUUCCACUGGUGGGGAAAGACUGGGCGCAGUCGGGUGUGGCUCAGCUGUUCACUAAGAUCAAGAAUAAUGGCUAUCAGCUGCUGUAUCUAUCCGCGAGAGCUAUUGGACAAGCUAGGGUAACGCGCGAGUACCUCCGCUCGAUCCGCCAAGGCGAGACCUGCCUUCCAGAUGGGCCUCUCCUCCUGAACCCGACGUCACUACUGCGCGCCUUCCACCGUGAGGUUAUCGAGAAAAAGCCUGAAGAGUUCAAGAUCCAGUGCCUCGCCGACAUCAAGGCUUUGUUCCCGCAGGGAUCCAACCCGUUCUACGCGGGAUACGGGAACAGAGUCAACGACGUAUGCGCGUACCAGGCCGUCGGUAUUCCUAUCGUGAGAAUAUUCACCAUCAACUACAAAGGGGAGCUCAAACACGAGCUGACGCAGACAUUCCAAUCGACGUACUCGCACAUGUCGGUGCUGGUGGACCAGGUGUUCCCUCCGGCGCAGUGCGAGCCGUGCGACGAGUUCUCGCAGACCGUGUUCUGGCGCGACCCGCUGCCCGCGCUCGACGUGCCGCUGCCCGCCCCUGCGCCGCCCAAACCCGUGCUCAAGACUAACUAGUCUGACUCCACGCUAGCCAAUGUUCCUUCAAGCCCUUGUGUGUGAGGGCGAGCACUGAGCCAAUCAUACCACACUAGGCGAGUAGGCCGUCAAGCACGUACGCAUGAUAUGGUCGCGUCCUUUUCGCAAUUUCUGUAAGUGCGGAAGGGACACUGACUUGAUAGGCCGUAUCACGCGACCGUGCUUGCCCGCCAAGACUAUAGCUUGUUCAAUAGGUAUUUUUUGUGAAGUUGUCAAUGAAAAGAUAUAAUAGGGUUGAUGUCAAAGUGAAGUUUUACGGAAUUAUCACCUUAUUGAGAACAAACAAAGUACCUUUUUGGUUGAAAAUUGAAUUGAAAUUGAAAAAUUAGAUUGUCUCAGUGUUUUUCGAGAAGUGGUGUCAUGGACAAGGGAACGUAUUGGUACUUAAAUGGAAAAGGCUAAUUUAAAUAAUUUCCUCAAAAUUAAAGUCGUUCUUCAACUAUAUACGAUUGCCUUGUCUGUGUUAUACCAACUUGAAUUAGUAGACUUUGCGAAGUAAAUGAAGUAUAACCUACAAAUGUGAGUGUGCACGGGAAAACGUCCCACUUUGUCGAUUGCUAUAAAGCCGCUUUGUCACUUUAUCCAUAUAAAGAUACAAGUAAAUCUCGCCUUAAUGAUAACCGACAAAGUGGGACGUUUUACUAAACACACUCACAAAUAUUGAUUUUAACAUUUAUGCUGAUUUGAUAAAUCUUGUCAGGUGUUACUAGUCAAAUAAUUUACACCUGGCGCCUUCGCCAACAUUUGACUUGUAACCAAAAGAUUUAUCGGAUGCGGCAAACAUAUUUACAUUGAUAAUGACUUGAACAUUCGUUUUCCAGUAAAUACUAACAUACAUAAUAAUGAAAAAGUUUCUAGUUUUCGGAUUCAUAUAAAAUUGUCUUAUUCAUCAAGUUGAGAAAAUUUAAAUUUUCUUAACCCUUUUUGAACACAAAAACAUUUAGGUAAAUAAGGGAAAGCACCAAGCAUUGUUAUACACCGUUUAAGCGAUCAUGAUUUAAAAUCUAAGGUUGACUAUUAUUUAUCUAAGUAGUGUAAUUUCAUGGUCCUAAUGCGUCUUUUUUGACGCUUAUCUAAUGUGACUAGGCUCGAUUCUAUCAAAAACGUUUUGGGCUAGUUUUAAAUUAAGGUGCUGAUUUCAAAGUUUAUUAGAAAAUAUCAAAUGGUGCGGACGGACUUGGCUGUAUUUGUCUAAAUUUUAACAAUGAAGCUCUCUCCUCUCCAUGGGUAUUUAGAAGAUACCUAUAGGCACUGGUCCCACCAAAAGCUACUAUUUAUUUAUUUAUUUUAUUUAUUAUUCAAAUAAAUUACACAGCAUAACAGUAAAAACUAAGGCACUGUGAAACUACAAAUAAAAAACCGGCCAA